GGUCUGUGUGUCUCAAAUUUGGGCAGGGAUCAGCCAUCUCCAUCCCUUGUUUUGUUAAAAGGAUUCGUUUGGAGACGUUGGGGCCCCCAAAGUCGACACACACAGCAGCCAUGGCAGGCAAUGAUGAGCUAAAGAGACCCAAGAAAAGAACAGCUACAGUCUUCGGCUACCCAAUAAGCAUUUUCUUUAUUGUGGUGAAUGAGUUCUGUGAGCGUUUCUCCUACUAUGGCAUGCGAGCCGUGUUGGUGUUGUACUUCAAGUACUUCCUGAAGUGGGAUGAUGACUUUGCCACCACCAUCUACCACACCUUCGUUGCUCUCUGCUACCUGACGCCCAUCCUGGGAGCCAUUAUCGCUGACUCAUGGCUUGGAAAAUUCAAAACCAUUGUUUACCUGUCCAUAGUGUAUGCGGUGGGACAGGUCAUCAUGGCGGUGGGUGCGAUCCAUGACAUCACAGACCUAGACAAGGACGGCACACCUGACAACAUGACCUUCCACAUAGCUCUGUCCGUAGUGGGUUUGAUCCUCAUUGCCCUGGGAACAGGAGGAAUCAAACCCUGCGUGGCUGCCUUUGGAGGAGACCAGUUUGAAGACGAUCAGGAAAAGCAAAGAAGCGCAUUCUUCUCCAUAUUCUACCUGUCUAUCAACGCAGGAAGUCUGCUGUCCACUGUCAUCACCCCCAUACUCAGAGCUCAGAAAUGUGGUAUUCACAGCCAGCAGCAGUGCUACCCGCUGGCCUUUGGUGUCCCUGCUGCUCUCAUGGUGGUCGCUCUAAUUGUAUUUAUCGUUGGGAGUGGGAUGUACACUAGGGUUCCUCCAGCUGGAAACAUUUUGGUGAAAGUAUUCUAUUGCAUCUCGUUCGCUGUCCAGAACCGCUUCAGACAUCGUUCUUCUGUGUACCCCAAGAGAGAGCAUUGGAUGGACUGGGCUGAGGAGAAAUAUGAUAAACUCCUGAUUGCCCAGGUGAAGAUGGUCCUGAAAGUGCUGUUUCUCUACAUUCCACUGCCUAUGUUCUGGGCUCUCUUUGACCAACAGGGCUCAAGAUGGACCCUUCAGGCCACCACCAUGGAUGGCAACUUUGGUUUGAUGGUAAUCCAGCCGGACCAAAUGCAGACUGUCAACCCGAUUCUGAUCCUGCUUAUGGUUCCAGUCAUGGACAGCGUGAUCUACCCAUUGAUUUCCAAAUGCAAAUUAAACUUUACUCCUUUGAGGAGGAUGACUGUGGGAAUGUUCCUGGCUGCCCUUGCCUUUGUGGCUGCUGCCCUGGUUCAGCUGCAGAUUGAUCAAACUCUGCCUAACUUCCCAUCGAGCACCGAGGGACAAGCGAAGUUCAUCAGCAUGGUCAACAGAUCCCUCCAAGUAGAAGCUGGACAGCACAACUUUCAACUGGAUACUUCCACUGAAUAUAUGACCUUUGAAGAGCCAUUUAGUCUAAACGUAGAGUCUGGUACCCCUGAUUACAUUAGUUUACCAGACGGCACUCGAAGUACCAUCGUCAUUGUUCAAGAGGGACCCCAACUCAGGAACUUGGAGUUCAGAGACAUUACCGCAAAACCGGAGCAGGGUCUUAAUGCUAUCAGGUUUUUCAAUGGCUUUGGCUCCAAUCUGAUUGUAUCAGUAAGUGGCAAAAACCAUUGGGAGGUUGUUACCUUCAACAACAUGUCUUCAUACAUCAAUGUGCCACACGGAUCGGCUCAGUUCUUCAUCACCGACAGUGCUGGAAAUGAGUGUAUCCUCUAUGAAAAGCUGGGCUUUGGCAGCUCUUACACAAUUAUCAUCCCACAAACGUUCAUAUUUGGACAAACUUGUAUGCAAAAGAUAUGGCAAGUGGAGGACAUCAAGCCCAACUCCAUCCACAUGGCCUGGCAGAUUCCUCAGUAUUUCCUCAUGACUUCAGGAGAGGUGGUCUUCUCAGUGACAGGGUUGGAGUUCUCCUACUCACAGGCGCCUUCCAACAUGAAGUCUGUGCUGCAGGCUGGUUGGUUAUUGACUGUUGCCGUAGGAAACAUCAUUGUGCUCAUUGUUGCAGAGGCUGCAACACUCUCAGACCAAUGGGCUGAAUACAUCCUGUUUGCCUCGUUGCUGGUGUUGGUGUGCAUUAUCUUUUCCAUCAUGGCCAUGUUCUACACUUACACUGACCCAGCCAAGAUAGAAGCCCAGUUUGCCUUCUUGGGGCCUGAGGACAAGGAGAAGAAGAACUUCAGUGCUUUGGAAAUGGCAAAGAAGGCUGAGAAGAACAUUUAUGAGGUCGGCAAAAACUCUGAUUUCAGCCUCAAUGAAGAGAGCAAGAACACCAAGCUCUGAGUCAAAGGCUGCUUGGGUUCUGCUGGUACUCAUUUAUAAACUUGGCUGUGAGAGACCUGAUGGAGCUGAAGAUGGAAGGUAACGAGUCUUUACUCUGCAGUGGACAGUGUUUGUGAAGGAUUUCAGUAAUGGAGAUAACACAAUUCUCCACAGCCAAAUUCUAAAUCUAUAGACGCUUUUAAGGUUUCUUGUAAAACUUAAACUCUGGCUCUUUAUUAGCUGGUAAAUUAAGCUCCGACCUAUUCGUUAUUGCGACAACAGUAAUUUUUAGUUCUUGUAAGAUGCUGAUGUACAAUUACCAAGAAACCAUUCCAAUAUUUGUAUUUAUUUCCAAGCUCAGUAUUGUAUGUAAACCAAUAUGGUUGCCAUGUAUAAGUGGCGAACAUCUUCUGGUGGUAAUAAUCCAACACCUAAGGCUGCUCAGUCAGCUACAAAUGUUUAACAAUGUAUUUUGGCACGGGAGAAUGCUGUUGUAGUGGCUGUUCAUUAAAGUCUUCAAUAAAGAAGCUAACAAUGUGCUGUCUGUGAUGGAACAAAAUGAAGUUAAACUAUUAAAGAUA